AUGGUUUCAGCGACUCUUCCUAGAUUUUCAAUAGUUGCCCAAGUUCACAGAUUAAAUAGAAUUGCUGGUGUUGGUAGCCCAGCGACCGCUUUUAGACUUAAUACAAAGAAGUUCACUGGUCUUGAAUUACAAUUAAAUGAAAAGAUGAAAGCAGCAGAAGGUCUUAAAGAAUUCUGGAAAACCAAUCUUCCUACUUUGAAAUUUCAUAAUGAUGAUUUUGGAUUCCGAGUAACAAAGAUUCAACUUGCAGAUGAAACUGAAGAAGUAAAAUGUCCAGUUAAAUUAAAAGUCUUUGGAGUUGAUCAAAAGGAUAAUUUCGAACUUGAUUGUAAAUCAAAACCUCGAAGUCUUAUCUUUGAAGAGUUCAUUAAGCAUAUAGAAGCUAAACAAGUUCCUGAAGAAGAAAUCCCAGUCCUUCUGACUCGUCCUAGUGAUAAAAAGAAAAACAGUGAGAAUUGA